AACGCCUGAGAUAUGCCACGACUUGCUUGUAGUUCCUGCCGGUAAGCUUCAAAUACCGGCAUACUACAUGGACCAACGAGCGCUUACCACUCAGCCCACAGGACAAGCAAGGGUCAAGGAAAAUGACACCAGCUGUGUUAGAUGCCUGAGUCGGAACACCCCUUGCUCUUAUAUGCAACAUAUACGAAGUCUGCGGCCACAGCCACAGAACUCUCUGCCCGAGGCUCUCCCGGCCGCCAACCCCCAAGUACAGACAGAUCCGUCGAAGGUCCCUGCUGCAUAUCAGCUCUUACAGGAGAACCAUUAUCUUGAUUUCGGAAGAGGUCACCCGGAGGAUAUUUUACGAGAAAAUGAGUUUGCCUUCUCGUUGGUUCUACUUUAUUUCAGCAAUUUCAAUGACAUCCACUUCAUGUUCGAUGAAGAAGCGUUUCUCAGAGAUUUCCGAAUGGGGGAUGUUCCGCCGAUCAUUUUAUACUCCAUGAUGGCACUUAGUAUCCGCUUUUCCCUUGCUCCCUUUGGAGAAGAAUUAACCCCUCGCCAUCGCGGAGAACCCCUGUGGAGGCAUGCGAGAAAUCUCCUCAAGGAUUCUUUUGACUGGCCAUCGACUACUGCUAUCCAAGUCUACGUUUUACUUAGCACGUAUAAACUGUCAUUUGGUGGCUCAAGACAAGCAUACCUUUACUUGGGGUAUGCAUCAAAUAUGCUGAGGGCAUUGCGAUUCAUGGAAUCAAAUUUCAACGAAGCUUCCGUGCAGAUGGAGUCAAAGAAACGGCUGGCCUACACGGUCGCGUUGAUGGAUCGGCUUAUGUUUCCCCUAAAGCUUCCCUCGCAGUUCGAGAUUCGUGAUGAGCUCCCCGAAAUGCGAAGUGAAGAAAGUUUUUGGAUUCUCAAAAAAGGCGGCGAUAUGGAUGAAACGCUCACAAAUAGGCCAAGCCCUAUUAGCGUUGAACAGGAAAUAUUCAAGCUCUCCAGCAUGCUUGUUGCCGUUUGCGACAUAUACCUGGGGAGAAAUUUGAUUUCCACCCUCGAUGAAGCUCAAGAGAAUUUUGAGAGAUACUCCAAUUCAAGGCACCCGCUGUUGUUGUAUACUACCGCUAAUCUGGAGCUUCAAGAUAGUCACGACAACCUCCGCAAGUUCGCUUAUAUGCAUCUCCUAUACCAUCAUGUUGGGCAAAUUCUCGGUUUUCGUGCAUUGAGAUCCGUGAAAUAUGACGCGCUCCCGUCCUCGGGAGAUGACCAAAGAUAUCCGUUGCAAGCCUUGACGGAGCAGUGUUAUGGACACGCCUCAGUGAUUGUCCGCAUUAUAACACAUUGUUCCGAACGCGGGUUCGACAUACAUAACUUUUCCUUUGGGCAGAUAUUAACAGUCUCGACCGUCAUCCUAAGCCAUGCAUUGUUCUGGGCUGAAUCUAGAGAAGCUGUAGAGCAAUUACAGGACGAUUUGAAGAUCCUCCUAGAGUGCGUGGAGCGUCUAAAAAAUCACACAAGAAUGUUUCUUUGGGUGAACAGGAAUACGUGGAUUCGCAUUGUGGACCAAAACACCCGCAUUCUAAGUCAAAUGCUCUUUCUCGGGAGUCAGUGGGAGACAAUGGAGCCGACUACUGGAGGUGAGCAAGGUCGAGCCCUCGUUUAUCCUGUCUCACUAGUAUUUGCCAUUAACAAUAGUUUAGCUCGCCGCCCUGGACUCGGAUCUCUUCCUAUCACUAGUGAACACCCCAUUAUUGAUCACGAAGCCGCCCAAGCGGACGAGACGACCUCGCAAAUGCAAUUCAGUCCCGGGAGCGGUAUUGAAUGGAUGUUCAUUAGC